CAGGAGUAAUGGGGGAAGGAAGUUGCUGGAAUUAGAUAACGGGUGAGGGGUACGCAUGGGAACAAAGGGGAGCAGCUUCACACAUUCAUUCCCCAUUAGGCCAGUUAUAGGCCGAGUUUAAAGCCUAGUUUAAGCUGCCACCCUUUUCUGGAACUAAAAAUGGCCACUGGCAAAUGGCUGUCGUGGCACAAGAUGUAGGGCCUCUAGCUCACAUCCACUGAGCCAGUCAGAACCUGAAGUGAAGGGAGAAAACAAGCAAGGAGUAGAUAGUACAGGUGGUUGGAGUCAGUGUGGAGCUGAAGAGAGCAGGAGCGCUUAUCAAGAAAACAGAAGCUCCCUAAGUAUAUCUCCAUACACUCCAGUUGCCCCUAUCAACGGGAUUUCAGUGGGCAUAAACACACUGGGCUGUGCUAGACAGGAGCUCCUGAUUCUAAAAAGGAGAAUAGGUGGUUAGGCUGAAUUACAGGGUUGCUGCAAACCUACUGUUACGUUGUUAAUGCUUUUCCCAAUUCCCCUUCGCUGUAGUAAGUCCAGGACUGUUGAGCCUGCCAGUUUAACAUUUGGAAUGGCCGAGAAAAAAAAGGUAACCUUACUCAAACAAUGCCAGAAAUGCCUCAUCGACAUGAAUGGAGACAUGUUAGAUGCACAGGGUAUAUGUCUUCACUGCAAAGCUGAGGAGCAGCAAAAGAAUCAGAAAGGCAAGAGGGAUCCUGCCUCAUACAAUGUGAAUGAGACGAUGGAGACCGAGCCUGCCUAUUCUGACUUCAUCAGCUGUGACCGGAGCGGCCGGAGAAACGCAAUACCCGACCUUCAAGGAGACGCAGCUGCUCUUAAACUGGAGAAACUGGCAAGCACCAUGGAGGAUAUCGCUAUUGCAGGGGAUGAAAACCAAGAUUCGGCCGAUGCUACUGAGAAGGAAUCUGGACUGACUCCUAAGAGCGAAGACGGCAGCCCGACCUUGUGAGAGCUCUGAUUUAGGCUGCGGAAGGGUGGACGACAACAACUACGGCUCUUCCAUCUGUUAAGAAACCAAAUUGCAAUAAGGAGUCCCCACUUAAAGGUUUCUGCCAUGGCCAUCUGGCUCUUACAGUCACUUUCUGUGGCAGCCGCUACCUUCAGAGAACUGUCUCUCUCUCUCACUCUGCAACACUACACACCAAGAGAUGUUUAGUGACUUGAGCCACUCAGAGAGCCUUUUGGCAACUAUCUUCCUGUAUAGGAAAAACACAAUUUCAGUAAUAAUAUAUAGACUUCAGAUUUUAUCGUACAAGGUACAUUUUGCUCACACGAUAAACUAUUAUUUAUUCCUAUCUCCCUGUAGAUUGUUAGGUGACUUGUGGUAUCUAUCUCACUUGUGCACAUGCUGCAUCUAAGAAGUGCUGAUAUUUUUUGGGCUGUGAACAUUGGUGAAGAGAAGUAUGGGACAUAAUCCGCCAGCCACUUCUCCAACAUGGACACCAUUGAAACCAAUGAAGUUUGGUUCUUUUGUGGCAUAAGGGCAGGUGCAGCCUUGCACAACACUAAUUCAGUUCAGUGGCAAUUCCACAGAAAGUGUUCUCCAUGAAAGAGGCACCAGUGACAUACCACUUCUGCUUACGUCGCUGCUUCUUUCUGGUAUGCAGAAAAAGGGUUUCAGAGGCACAAACCAGUGGAUUGAAAAAUUGGUUUAAUUGUGCAUGCUAAAAAGUCAAGGCAGCACUACUUCAAGCAAACUCAUUACCAAGUUCUAGAGUUCCAAUGCCUCUGGUAAAUUGUUGCAUCCUCUGUUAAGAGUUGUAUCUUGUGGUGAAACUUGUAUGCAGAUCCAUAAACCUGUUGUCCCCCCACCCCAGCAAUUAAAACUAAAUGAGUUCUUCGUU